GCAUCUUCUUCUCAAAAUCUUAGCUAUUCUUAUCAUGAUAUUGGGAAACCUCAUUGCUAUUACUCAAACAAGCAUGAAACGUAUGCUUGCAUAUUCAUCCAUAGGUCAAAUUAGAUAUGUAAUUAUUGGCAUAAUUGUUGGAGACUUAAAUGAUGGAAAUGCAAGCAUGAUAAUUUAUAUGUUGUUCUAUAUCUCUAUGAAUUUAGGAACUUUUGCUUGCAUUGCAGGUCUAUAUUUCUUGGUUUUAAUAAGACUCAUUACAAGCACUCUUUCUGUCUACUAUUAUCUAAAAAUAAUCAAAUGCCUUGGUAGUGAAAUGGUAGACACACGAGACUCAAAAUCUCUUGCUAAAAAGCGUAGAGGUUCGAAUCCUCUUCAAGGCAUAAUAUUGAGAAUGCUCAUUGAAUGA